AUGCGUUCGAAUCAGAGCGAGCUAUCCCAGGGGGCGUUGCGGUUUCCAAGAUGGCGGGAUGUGAAAGUGCCCUAUCUCUGGCAGCGGGAAACGGAGCGCGGGAAAUGUCACCAUUUAUGUAACAAGCUGCAGCGCGCGUGCGCGGAAGUGGCCGCUCGGCGCCGGGGAACAGCAGCGUUUUUCCUCCUCCCCGAGACCAUGAAGCCCGGGGCUCAGGGCAUGGCACUCGGGCGGCAGCCGACAGCAGCGGGCUCGGUCAACCGAAAACGGCGGCUCGGGCCGGGAGGCGGGGGCGGGGAGACCCCGGGGGAGGAGUCCCUGGGCCGGGGGACCGCGGGGAGGGAGACUCCAGGCCGGGGGAUCCCGGGGAACCAGACCCCGGGCCGGUCUUCAAGCAGGAGGGUGCGCCAGGAUGGGGCUGACCAGCGGCAGGUCCCAGCCGCUCAGGGGGACAUCCCUCCUGGGCCAACAAGCCCUGCCGAGCCGGGCAUGGCCCCCUCAGACUCGGAUGGUUUCAGCAGCGACGAUGAGUUGCCCCUGUCGUUUCAUCAACAAUCCGAGGGGCUGUCAUUGUACGAGAAGAAGCGACUGAAAAAUAUUCAGGAAAAUGCCCGGUUCUUUGCAUCUUUGAAUAUGCAGGAGACUGCUGAAAAACUCAGAGAAAUCAGUAAACGACAUCGAAUAAAAAGACCAAAUGCGUUCAAAAGAAAGAAAGUUCAAAGCUCUAGGGAGCAACCUAUAGUUCGCCGAUCGAUGCGAUUGCUGAGAUUGGACCCAACAGGCACCCCACUCCCAGAAAUCCCAAUAGAAAUACAAACGCAGUCAGAAGAAAGGAUUUCUGGGCCAGUGAAAAUGGUUCGAGAUGAUGAAGACGACAGCAAAGAAACCGAGCAUCUGAUGAAGGUGUGGCUGGAGAUGAGCCAGGGUGAGGUGCACACCAAAGAGAAGCAGCCAGUAGAACUGAAAACGUACAAGUCCACUUUGCUCAGGAUGACCAUGCAGGAAGGUUCCGUUGCUAAAGUGACGCCAAACCGGGUCGGCUCACUGGCCUUUCACCCGUCUCCACGCAACUUCCUGGUUGCUGCUGGGAGCACUUACGGAUACAUCGGACUGUGGGAUCUGAGUUCCCAGGAGGGUACAGUCCAUCAGUUCAAGCCUCAUUGUAACACUAUUAACUGUUUGCAUUUUUCCCCUUCAAACUCUGCUGAGCUCCUGUCACUGAGCAACGAAGGAAGUAUUCGCUGUGGAAAUGUAGCUGCUGCUGUCUUUGAUGAGGUGUAUACGUCUAACACGUGGGCCACGUCUUCCUUUGACUUCUUGGCUGAAGAUGGUUCCACGUUGAUUGUCAGUCACUGGGAUGGGAACGUGGUUGUGGUUGACAGACGGACCCCAGGUACUUCAGGGGAACUGGAUGCUGAUCUGGGCAUAAACCAUUUUCGGACUGUCGGUGUUCACCCGAUGCAUCGUCAGUAUUUUGUUACCGCUGGGACACGGUGUGUGGACAUCUAUGAUGUUCGGAAUCUAAAAACAUCACCCAGAAAGGCUGUAGCUUCUCUGGGAGGACACACAAAGAAUGUAAGCUCUGCAUACUUCUCAUCACUUACUGGUAAUAAAGUGGUGACGACCUGCAUGGAUGACAGGAUCAGAAUAUUUGACACAAGUGCCAUAAUUCCCAAGAUUCCAGUUGUGGCGUCAAUAAUACAUAACAAUUACACCGGGCGUUGGCUGACUAAAUUCCGGGCAGUCUGGGAUCCGAAAAGGGACGAUUGCUUUGUUGUGGGUAGUAUGGCCAGGCCACGGCAGAUCGAAGUGUUCCACUUCACGGGCUCGAAAGUGCGAGAAUUCAGGGACAUGGAAUGGCUGGGGUCUGUCUGCUCUAUAAAUGUCAUGCACCCGACAAGGAAUGUACUGGUUGGUGGGAACUCCAGUGGGCGCCUUCAUGUUUUCACAGACGGUGCACUGAGUGGGUAAUAGGAGAACCCCUGCAGAGUCAGAGUCACCGUAACAGGGAAGCCAAGAGUCUUCUUGGGUUAUGCGCCAAAUCCUGAGGGGAAAGUCCUUUAGAAAUUGAGUAUAUUGUCUGCCCUGUUCAGUUAUAAAUUUUUAAUUGUUAUAUAAACAGCUUAAGUACAAGCUAGAAAUUACAACAGACCUGCUGGGUUACAUGGUAAAGACAGAUGCAGUUAGGAGACCAACUGUAGUUAUUUUUGGUCUUAAAAAUCCCCAUUGAAUAGAUCAGAACAACCUUAUUAUUUCCUGCUGGAGGGAAGAAUCAUCUCGUGGUAAAUGAGGAAAGUGGCUGUAAUAAAAUUAGAACAGUAUUGGACAGUAUUAAAACAUCAUCCUGCAAAUAGGAGUCAGACAGAUGAGGUGUAGUUUCCUUUCCUGCUAAUGUCAUGUCAUCCUCUGGAACCUGAUCAAUUUGACAAAUCCGACUCUAGGAGAUCUGUUUGGAUUGUUCAGGAAUGUUUACUGAAUGCUGUUAGGUUUAGAAACUCAAAGCAAAUCAGAGAAAGAGCGUGACCCCUUCGGAUUGGAACCAUGAGCUAAAAUGUCAGGAUUGGUGUUCACUUGUGAGAAGGCAGCCUUGAUAGGUCCGUCACUGUGCCCCGAGACAGUACUUACCUGCUCAGGAAUUGUUCUCUUUCUCUCCCAUUGCCUCCAAAAACAAAACCACUGAAAAUGAGAUUAUAUUUCCUUUAUCCCCCAGCAUUGCUGAUUAUUAUCCAAGAUAUCUCCAUUGUAAGGUCAAAUAGAGUUCUGCUCAGAAAUAACAGGAACUGAGUUAUUUUCUGCUGAUUGUCUUGAUUCUGUAUUUUCAGGCAAGAUUUUUUAGUAACUCAUUUCAUUCUGAGAUUUUAAUAUUACCCACUGUGUUUGAGUUUCCCUCGUGUUCCUGCCAUUGAAAUGAUGCCAUUACACUCUCCCUCACUCUCCCUCACUCUUUCCUCUGGCCCAAUGCUGCUGAUCAUUGCUUUAUUCCUUAAUGACAUCCCAGAGUUCUGCUCCGAUUUGUGCGAGAACAUGAGAGAGACAAAUGCACUGAUCAUCAGAUGGAUUGUGGUUAUUUGAGUUCUGGAAAGUGGGUUGUGGGGCAUAUUCUUACUGCAGAGCCCACUCAUGAGAAAGCUGUGCUGAUAUUUUCUUUGUGGAGAGCGCUAAAAAGAUUAAUUUUAUUUUAACUUUGUAAAGAUAAUGUAACUUCACCAUCCCUUCAGAGCGUUGGAGUGGUUUCAUUUACAGGACACAAACUUCGAGCAUUUCUAGUGCAGAACUGUUGUGUAUUUUUUCAGAAAUCUAUUUGAACUAUUAAUCUUCAAAUAAAC